AUGCCCAGCGGGGGCUCGGCUCAGGCCCCAGUGACGUUUGAGGAUGUUGCAGUCUAUUUCUCGCCGGAGGAGUGGAAGGAGUUAGCGGAGUGGCAGAAAGAACUGUACUGGGACGUGAUGAAGGAGAAUUAUGAGCUCGUCACCUCGCUAGUAGAUGAUGAGAUUGUGAAUGAAAGUAUGGAGGAGAAGAAUCAGGAGGAAGAUGCUGAAAACCUGCUUCCAGUCAAGACCUUUUCAGUGAAACCUGAAGAGAAAGUUUCCCAAAGUUCAGUAAAGGUGAAAAACUGCCUGAGUCAGAGCAAACUCCAGACAACGCAGAGAAACUCUGCAGGGAACACACAAGGGAUAUCCACAAACAGCACGGCUCAGCAGAAAGCCCAGUUGACGGAGAGACCAGACGCCCUUCAGGAAUGCAAGCGAAGCUGUGUGGAGAAGACAGGUCUCCUGAUACGACAGAGGAACCACAAGAGGGAGAGGCCGUUUCCCUGCAGCGAGUGUGGGAAAUGCUUCUCUCAGAAAGGGGACCUUAAGAUCCACCUGAGAAUCCACACGGGGGAGCGGCCGUACACAUGCACCGAGUGCGGGAAAAGCUUCACCCAGCGGGGAUACCUGAAGAUCCACCUGAGGCUGCACACGGGGGAGAAGCCCUUUCCAUGCACUGAAUGCGGGAAACGGUUCCCGUCGAAGGGGGAUCUCAAAAUGCACCAGAGGAAGCACACGGGGGAGCGGCCCUUUCUGUGCACUGAGUGUGGGAAGAGCUUCACUCGCAAGGUGGACCUCAAAGUCCACCAGAGGAAGCACACGGGGGAGAGGCCCUUUGCUUGCACCGAGUGCGGGAAGAGUUUUACUUCCAAGGGCUAUCUCAAGAUACACCUGGGACAACACAAGGGGAAGAGGCCGUUCACGUGUCUGGAGUGCGGGAAAAGCUUCAUUUCCAAGGGCUCCCUCAAGGCGCACCAGAGAAUCCACACGGGCGAGACGCCCUUCACAUGCACCGAGUGUGCGAAGAGCUUCACCACCAAGGGCUAUCUCAAGAUACACCAGAGGCUGCACACGGGGGAGACCCCGUAUCCCUGCGCCGAGUGCGGGAAGCGCUUCACCACCAAGGGCUAUCUGAAGAUACACCAGAAAAUCCACACGGACGGGACCCCCUUCAUCUGCAGUGAUUGCGGGAAGAGCUUUGCCACCAUGCGAUAUCUCAAAAUGCACCAGAGAAGCCACACGGGGGAGACCACGUUCACCUGCGCGGAGUGUGGGGAGAGCUUCGCCCAGAAGGGCUAUCUCCGCAUCCACCAGCGGAUGCACACAGGGGAGGGCCUGUACACCUGCUCUGACUGUGGGAAAAGCUUCACUGCCAAGUACCUGCGGAUCCACCAGCGAAUGCACACGGGGGAGCGGCCCUUCACUUGCACGGAGUGUGGGAAAAGCUUCACCGCGGAGGGGUCUCUGAAAAUCCACCUCAAGAUCCACAGCAGGGUGCUGCUGAGUAUAUGCACCGACUGCGGGAAAAGCUUCUCCUCCAUGCGCUAUCUCAAGGUGCACCAGAAAACCCAUUCCCAAGAGCCAGUGACGCUACCUAGCGAAAGUGGGGACGGUUUCCCGCAGAAGGUGCUUGCCACCGUCCCUCAGAAAGCCCACAGAGAAAUGAUCUCAUUUACCUGCAAGGACUGUGGGAAAAGCUUCUGCCAGAAGUCUAAUUUAAUAACCCACCAGAAAGCCCACGCGCAGGAGAGACCGGUUCUAACACACAGGCCCAGCGCCGGCCCUGCUGCCGCUCCACCCACAUCCGUGAAGUUGCACCCAGUGAAUUUGGCUCAGGAAGUUUUAAGAGCAGGGAAAGAUCAUCUCGACCCAAAUCCCUAUCCCCUGGUCAUGGAUUUAAAGCCCAGCUUCCCGUUUGCUCUGCAGACCUGUCCACUUUCCCCAGGAGUAAAUCUAGGUGUCUCUUGAGCUCACGUGGCGUCCCGCUCCUGCUGCUGAUGUAUCCCGUGUGGUUAUUGUUACCUUUUGCAUGAUGUAGCUCUGCCCAGGUUCCUCCAUUUGCUCCCAAUUCCUAACCCUCCCCUAUUGCACCCUUCCAAGGUAGCUAGAUCGUACCCGGUCCUGCAGUGCCCCAGGUCGGGACUAACAAGAGCCUUACAUGCUACCACGUCCUUUGGUUUUUCCUCCUCUUCUAUCCACACAGCAUAGCAUCUGGUCUGGCUUUUUUGCUGCAGCUUCGCAUUGAGCGGGUGGUUUCAAUGAUUUUAUCACAAUAAACCCCACUCGUGUGCUGGGCGACUAGGGAUCCUGAGCAUAGAUCCCCUCCCUUGCUUGCUCGCUCACACACUGAUUUCAUUGCACUGCGUUUCCGAUCAGCCAGUGCAGUCACCUACACGAGCCAAAUCCGUUACCACCCAGUGCCCAGAUCCGUAUCAUCUCCUCUGACUCUCUUUUUAGCAUCACGUACAAACCCUGAGCUCUGGGGCUGUAUUCAUCCCACGUAGAACUUCCUUGGAGGUACACUGGGGUGAACUGGGACUUUUCAGAAGCCUCCAUAGGACGGCAGAGGCCGUAGAAUCAACCCCGAGCUGCUCCACUCAUCAUCCAGUCUGUUGCCCCCCCUUGACUCCUGUUCCGGGAGUGCCGAGUGUUAGAGAAAGUUCACUGAAAACCCACGUUAAUGUAACAGAUGAGCAAACCACAGAGGCCAGGAACCAGCGACUUGUGCUCAGUGCACGGAAAGAUCCCUCCGGAGGAGAAAGGGCAGAACUUGGCAGCAAGCCCAGGCCAGAAAGAACAAAUGUUGGCUCUGGUCGU